AUGGGCUGGCUCUGGGGAAGCGGUGAUAGCUCAAACGGUCAAGACCAACUCGAUCCAUCCCUCCGCGAUUUUCUCAAAAAAGAAGCGCCUACUGGCCCAAAACCUUCAUUACCGCCCGCUCCCAAAGAGAAACCCGCCGAGUCGCCAACACCCACACAAUCGCAAGCGCAACCACAAUCAGACCCCCAGAAGCCGUUUGUACCGCCGCAAUCGCAGUUCCAAGAUGGCCGAUAUGCCGAUCUAUGGAAGAAUUAUACCCCGCAAAAUAUUAUCGAUGACCGUGGGAAGUCAGAGCAGGAUCGGUUACGAGACCUAGUAGACGCCUACAACGACCGCAAAGCCUCAAUUGGAAGAGUAGCCAUGGAAAACUGUGCAUUGGAAUACAUGGAGCAAUUUGACUGCUUCCGAAAUCCGAAAUCAUGGUGGUCAGCAGGAACUAUGUGCAUCGCCGAGUCGCGUAAAUUCAACCGCUGUUACGAUAUACAGUCCAAGUUCUUGAAAGCGUUGGGAUACAUGACCAUGGACGAGCGAUCGCCAGAGGAGGACGAGCGGAUACAAAUGCACGCGGACAAACUCUACCAACGUAUGCUGGAACAGGAGGCGGAGAUGGAAAAGGCAAAAGCAGAGGGGCGACCAGUACCGAAAUUCGAAAGCAUCCUGUCGAAACGAAACGUCGUGGAGGCAGUGGGUGGCGCGUCUUCAACACCAAGGAAAGCCGUACCUGUAGCUGAGAUUGGCAAGUCAAGUACUAUUUCGGAUGAUACCGAGGUCUGGAGCCAGAUUAAGCCAGAAGUAAGGAAGGAGUACGAAAAGAAGCUUCAGAGCUUGACACCGGAAGAGCGGGAGAUUGAGAGGAUGGCUAUAGUAGGUGAAAUUCGGGCGCAGACUGGUGUUUCGAAGCAGCUGGAACAGACGUUCAUAGAAGAGCGGGUAGCUCGUAUGAAGAGGAGAGAGGCUGGGCAAGCGACAUUCGGUGAUACGAUAAAGACGUUGUGGGGAUGGGGUUGA